ACACCGUGGAGUUCCUUCUUCCCAUCGUAGGAUUACGAUCUACAAGUGUCUGAACAGAUUUUGAAUUGAGAAACAACGAUGUCUAAAGAGAGAGUAGAAGACAAAACCGAGCAGGCAGAGGACGAGGCCUCUCAAGACGCAGGACAUACUCCAAAUGAAGAAUUGCCUGCUGGGAUCUUUGAUGGAUAUCAGUGCUCAGGCAAUGUGGAGAUUGACUUCCAUGAGCUUUUUGCUCUUUUGGACAUAAAGAAUAUCCCAACUGUCUGCACCGAGCAAACAGCAACUUCCACCACUGAAAUAGACGAAGGGCUCACAGAUGCAUCAAUUUGCUUUAAGCCAUGCUUGCAAGUGGAACUGGAGAAUGAAAAUCCUCUCAGUGCCCAGAAGCUGAAGGUUUUUGGGUGGAAGAUCGAUGACCCGACUUCCAGAGUGCUCCUGAAGAUGUUUCCCUCCUUAGUCAAGCUACAGAUCCUUCACUUUUGGCAGGCGGGACUGACCGAUCAAAUGGUAAUGUCACUCAUGAACACAGUAUCACUGUGCUCCAACCUCAGAGUUUUGACAUUGGAGGGCAACCCUCUUCCAGAGCAGAGCUUCCACCUCCUACUCUCGGAAGACAGCGUUCUCACACACCUAUACCUGCGAAAUAACCGGAUCGGAUACGAGGGAGCACGUCAGAUUGGGUCGGCUCUCUCAACAACUAGAUCUGCCAACAAGAACCUCAUUUUACUCAAUCUGGCUUUCAAUUGUAUCGGUGAUGCCGGUGCUGCACAUAUCGCACAGGGCCUGCGGUUCAAUCGUGCUUUGCUCAUGCUCUCCCUGUGCAACAAUCAGAUCGGAGACUACGGAGCUCGUCACAUGGCUGCGAUUCUUAGCGAGUUUGCUCUCACUCAUGAAGAAAUUGUGGAGAGGAGGAAGAUGCUUCUGGGACGAAAACAGCCUUCACCCGUAGGGAUCAAUUCUGACCAGCCUGCAGACCACCUUUCUUCAGUAACCAGCUGCAGUUCACUGAGCAUCAGCAAAGAGGCGAACAAAGGCAAGAAAAAGAAAGUGUCCAAAAAAGAGAAGAAAUCAGCUGCUAAGAAAGAGAAGUCUAACAAGAAAUCUCCUGAUAUAAAAGUGACUCCAAGUAAAGGUGGAGAGCAAGAGGAGCCAGAGAAACCACUGAAUGCACAAGAGUCGGUGGAGCCGGUGAACCCCCUGCUGGACGAGCCCGUGCACUACAGGGAUGGAGAGCUUUUUCUGCCUGGAAACAAGACUCUCGCCUCCCUCAACUUGGCAGGAAACAGAAUAACCCAGAAGUCGCUGCCUCUUUUCCUGACGUCAGUCGAGAGGCAGGGGGAGGGACGUCGCCUGCUGCGUCUCUGCCUGCAGAGAAACCGCUUCCCACCUGAGUGUGAGUAUUAUGUAAAGAUACAGGAACUGAUGAACCUCAGGGACCCACUCAAAAGAAAGAGCUGCUAAAUGACGCAGGAGGAAGAACAGUUGAGAGGACUAAUCAAAUUC